AUUUCUUUUUUGUUCUGUGUCGGCGUCUUGUUUGAGCUCGCUACGUCUUCAAGAACAUUAAUUUCAUCUGAGAAAGUGCCGCCCUCCUUUUUGCGAUGUGCAAAGAUCGUGCGCAAGUCGUGCGCUUUUUGGAGCGCCAGUCACGUACGAGUCGUUCAAGGAAUCGAAGGGAUGUACGUACUACGGGCGCUCGUAGGACUCCGCAGCUGAUGGCUGACGCCCGUGGCUACCUACUGGACGACAGUAUGAAAGGUCGAUCUUGGCCCAUGACUGUAAAUGGAAAACCAAAAGUGGCGGUGGGGCUGUUUUCUGUCAGAGAAACAGCAAAAGCACUAUCGCACUUAGAAACAUUGCACAACUAGAGCAUCACUUGUGCCUCAUGCUGCUGUUUCAUCAAAGAUCAAGGUCAUCGCCCUUGGAGGGACUUUAUGCAUGGCAGCGCCCUCGCCAAGGCGCAAACGAGUCAGAAAGUGUCCACAACUACAGGCAUUGAACAGGAAGAGAGCCUUCUGCAGGAAUUUGCGACCAAGGAAGCUUCAUUCAGUUCGUCUCUGCAGGAAUUGAAAAAGGAACUGAAAAAGGCUCGUCAGGAGCUCAGUCGGGUUCAAGCUGAAAAGGAACACCUUCAGAAUGAGAACUGUGAGAUCAUGAAGCACCGCGACGUGUCUGACUCGGAACGCAAGAACUUGCGCUCGGAGCUGAAGGACAUGAAGCUCAGGGUACACAGGCUGCUCAUGGACAACAACGAACUCGAGAAAAAGAGCACCUCUCUGCAAAAGCAGGUCUCAUCGCUGCAGUCAUCACAGGAGAAAUUGAAAGGUGCGAAGCACGAGGUGCGCUGGCUCAAGGAAGAGGUGCAAUUGCGGAACGCCCAGCUCGAGGAGCUACGCUCGCUGCAGUGCAUCAGCGAGCAGCAGCUUGAACAAUUGAGGGAAAUGCUCCAGUCAGAGCGUGAGCAGAAGUACGCCCUCCGGAGGGAGCUGGACCAGCAGCUUACGCCCGAGUCGCCCAUGUUCCACCGCGACGGGCUAUCCCAAGGAGAAGUGUCCACGACCUGUCGGCCAUCUAGAGUGGGUGACCUCUUCAGCGAACUGCAUCUCGCUGAGAUCAGGGAGCGUGAGAAGCAGAUUAAACAGCUUGAGACCGAGAAAGGCCACCUGUCGAGUGUCCUGGAGGAUGUGCAACAGCAACUGGAGGAGCUGCGCUCAAUACUCGGUGGAGACCAGAGGCUUGUCUUGGCGAGGCUGGUCGGUCCGAUUCGGGCCCUCAUUGCCCUGCAUGGCGAGGAAGUGGGCACUGACGGCGCUGAGAAUAGCCGAAAGCCACGCAAGGUGGACUGUCCUUCAAACCAUGUGUCUGGAGGCAGCCCUCGAGUGCACCGUCCCAGGGCCAGGCCUACCUUCACCCGGCCAUCUGCUCAGGAACCGGAAGCCUGUGAGGCACUAGGAGACACGGAUGUAGUGCCCUGUUCACAGUCCACCGUAGACUCCUCUGAGGAGGUAGAAGUGGCCAGGUUGGGUCAGGAUAAGCCACUCAUGGAUCCACACCCAGACAGUCCUGUCAUAGUGCGGCUGCAAGACCAGGAGUGGGACCGGUUCAUUGCCAGUCAAGAGGCACGAUUGUCUCCUGCCAAGCACCAAAGAUCAUUGAGGACACUGGUGCAUGAGGACGGUGGUGAUAGCGCGCAAAAAAGUGCAAGGCAUACGUGGGUGUGGCUGCUUGCUAAUGGGCCUAUCAGGUGGCAAGAUGAGCUGUUGGAAAAUGGCAGUGCACCACUUGAUGAUCAUGUGCCCACAAACAGUGUACCAGCUGAGCAGAACAUAGAGGAGCAUGGUGAUAGCAGUGCAGUGCACGCAGAGGAAGCUUGCACAACUCAGGAGUCCACUGACACUGAAAUAUACGAGGACCAGCUGGAGGCGGAGGAGCCAGUGACAAAGGAGGUUGAAACUUCUCCACACUGUGAGCCUUCGGCAGCAUCCCCUACACUUGCGAACAGUGAGGCGAGUGAGCAGUGCGUGCUGCAACUCAUUGAAGGCUUUUUUGCACGUUACAGCGAGGGCACCACGCAAGCGUCUCGGGCAUCACCAGAAUUCGGUGCGCCUAUUCCAAGCUCUGAAGACGCCAACAGAGUCCAGCUGGCAGUGGACACCGAAGAGCAAAUAGGCAAUGUGUGCCCAGCCGGGGUUGACGUUCACAAGAGUGUCUCUGCUGGUCACUCAUGCCCAGACAUCUGCACAGUGCCCGAAACCGAAGACCAAGCUACCAUAGAAAGCUGGGAACGACAAAGUGCAACAGAUACUGCAGCAUCCAAGCCAGAGAGCAUGCUAGCUCAAGGAAAGGCUGUCAGCGGAGCACACAAGCGCAAGCGGCCUUCACAGACAACAUCUCCAACCUCCAGCCGCCUUCGGGCAAAGCAGGUAUGUCGAGAACAGGGGCAGAGGAGCUCUUCUCCGCCACCAGAUGCAGCUGGAGGCAAGCCGCCACCUCAGUGUUCGGGUUCUUCACCAGCUCUGUCACGCAGCCGCAUCAUGCUGGAUGCAGCCAUGCAGAGCGUUGGCUCUUCUACAAGCUGUCACACAGCCAAUGUGCCCUUUGUGCAACAAUCGACCGACGAUGGGGGCAACACUGGUUCUCCACUAAGCAUCCUCAAGAGGCGCCCACCAGCUGAAGAUGGCUCACCACAGGGAUCCCCGCAUAGAGCCAAGACGGCUAUGGUAGAAGUCAAGGUGGCCUUGUCUUCAUGA